GUGCUGUUGUGAAUGAAGGCACUGGGUAGUUGGCACAGUUCAACAGUUAAGAUCUGUUAAGUCACUUGUGGAUACGUUUGAGUUUACCUCUAGCUGGUGACAUCUCGACUCACCUGACUACAGAAUAAAGACAUCUCAGAACCCAUCAGAAGUAUUGUGUUCACCCAAACCUUUCAAAUCAGUAACCCUGCACUUGACAGCUGGACAAUACAGUACUGGACUGUGGUGGAUUAUUAUCUGACUGUGGUUGACGGCUGUUCCUGUGAUGGGGAAGACUGGCCAGAGCACGGUGGACCUCAACUCACCCUCAGACGUGAGGCAGGCGGUCCCGUUUGAGGACCUGGAUCACAACAGUGUUCCUGUAGAAGAGGAGAAGGAGAAUAAAGUACCAGAUAGAGGAUCUUGGAAGGGAAAAUUUGACUUUCUACUGUCCUGCGUUGGAUAUGCCAUUGGGCUGGGAAACGUGUGGAGAUUCCCUUAUCUGUGUGGAAAGAAUGGUGGAGGAGCUUUUCUCAUCCCAUACUUCACUACUCUGGUCUUUGCUGGUAUCCCACUGUUUCUGCUGGAAACGGCAUUAGGACAGUACACGUCAGUGGGGGGGCUGGGAGUAUGGAAAUUAAUACCCAUGAUGAAAGGUGUGGGUCUAGCUUCUGUGGUUUUGUCCUUCUGGCUUAACAUCUAUUACAUCAUCAUCAUCGCCUGGGCUCUCUAUUACCUCUUCAACUCUUUCAAAGCAGAGUUACCAUGGCAAACAUGUGAUAACCCUUGGAACACUGAUCGCUGCUUUUCCAACUACAGCCUGAUGGACACCACCAACCUGACCAGUGCCGUCACUGAGUUCUGGGAGAGGAACAUGCAUCAGUUAACAAACGGUUUGGAGGAACCAGGGGAAUUGCGCUGGCCGUUGGUUGGAACACUAGCGUUGUCUUGGAUUCUUGUCUAUUUCUCAAUCUGGAAAGGAGUGGAGUGGACAGGGAAGGUGGUCUAUUUCUCCACCACGUAUCCUUACUUCAUGCUCUUUAUUCUGUUUUUCCGUGGAGUCACUCUCCCUGGAGCGAUAGAUGGCGUCCUCUUCUAUGUCACCCCAGACUUCAACAAGCUUUUGAAAUCUGAGGUGUGGUUGGAUGCUGCCACGCAAAUCUUCUUCUCUUAUGGUCUAGGUUUAGGUUCUCUUAUUGCUCUGGGCAGCUACAACUCCUACAACAAUAACGUCUACAAAGAUUCUAUCAUUGUGUGCUGUAUAAACUCCUGCACCAGUAUGUUUGCUGGGAUUGUCAUAUUUUCCAUUGUUGGCUUCAUGUCGUACAUCACAAAGAGACCCAUUGAAGAACUGGCUGCUUCAGGUCCUGGUUUGGCAUUUCUGGCCUAUCCACAAGCUGUCACACAGCUUCCCAUGUCUUCUCUCUGGGCUAUUCUCUUCUUCUCAAUGCUCAUGAUGCUGGGAUUGGACAGUCAGUUUUGUACAGUGGAAGGCUUCAUAACUGCUCUAAUGGAUGAAUAUCCCACAGUCCUGAGGAAGAGAAAGAAACUCUUCAUCCUCAUGGUCUGUAUUAUAUCCUUCAUCAUCGGUUUCUCCAACAUCACACAGGGUGGUUUAUAUGUGUUCAAAUUGUUUGACUACUACUCGGCCAGUGGAAUGUGUCUCCUGUUCCUGGUCUUUUUUGAGACAAUCUCCAUUUCCUGGUUUUACGGUGCAGAGAAAUUCUAUACAAAUAUUGAAGACAUGAUUGGUUAUCGGCCUUUUGGCUUUUGGAAAUAUUGCUGGAUUUACUUUACUCCAAUAAUCUGUUUGGGUGUUUUCACAUUCAGUGCCAUAGAAAUGACUCCUCUGACACUAGGGAAGUAUGUGUACCCGACCUGGGGUCAGGGCAUCGGCUGGCUAAUGUCCCUCUCUUCUAUGGUUUUGGUACCCGCAUAUAUCAUCUAUAUGUUCUUCACUACCAAAGGCAGCAUCCGACAGGCAAGACCGGAUUUAAUGUUUCUGAUCAAAUGUUUGUGUCAAAUGUCCUUCCUGCACUGUUUCCUUCCUACUUUCCAUCCUUUUGAAUUUCCAAACAGCUUAAAAAUGCACUUCCCACCUCAUAAACCCUCUUUACACUUCCUUCCAAACCUCCUUCUUUCGAACAUGCAAGCUUCCUUCCUUCCAAUUCUGGAAAUUCUGAAUUUCCAGAUGCAUAUAUUCCUUAUAAACUUGAAUAGCUCCUUCAUUUUUUCCUCAUGCAUUUCCAAACAAACUUCUGAAUAUUCAAAUGUACUUAUAAACUUACUUCCUCCCUUACCUCCUUCUUUUUGAACAAACUUGCAAACAAACCCUUGAAAAGGCUGUAAAGUUUCUGCCUUCUUUGACUUCCUUAUAAACUCUCUUCCUUCCCUACUUUCUUCAAAACUUCCUUCCUUCCAAACAAAUGAGCAAACCUCUUAAUAUCAAAUGUACUUUCUUCUUUCUAAACGUCCUUCCUUCCUUUUCUCCUUUCUUUUUAACAAACUUGCAAACCCUUUGAAAGUCCUUCCUUUCGAAUUUGCGUAGUUCCUGCCUUCAUUUUCUUCUGAGCUUCCAAACAUACUUCUGAAGUUCCAAAUGUACCUCCAAAGAUCCUUCCUCUCGAACCUGCAU